AUGAGUGAGACCUUGGCUGAUCCUUUUCUCAACAAGUGGAGCAAGCGAAAUGCCUGGAUCAAGAAUUCCACUGAUAAUGAUCAAUUGAUUCGCAUCAGCUACAUCGAGUGCGCACCGCCAACAACCAGUGCUCCAAAAGGGAAUAUACUUUUAAUCCAUGGAUUUCCACAAUCUUCGUACCAAUUCCGGCAUGUGAUAAAACCCCUCUCCGAAAAGGGAUAUCGAAUAAUAGCCCCCGACUAUCGCGGGGCUGGUCAAUCGUCGCAUCCCACCCAAGAUUUUAGAAAAUCGACAAUGGCACGCGAUCUUUUCUCCCUUGUUCAUGACCAUCUCGGCAUUACGCAGGCAAUCCAUGUGGUCGGGCAUGACAUCGGGGGUAUGAUUGCGCAUGCAUAUGCCACGCUAUAUCCCGAUCAUGUUGCGAGCGUCAUUUGGGGCGAAUGCCCGCUGCCUGGAACUUCUAUUUACGAUAAGAACAAAAUCAUGCCUGAGCAGUUCCACUUUGUGUUCCACAGUGUGCCCGAUGAUUUGGCACUUUCCUUGGUGACUGGAAGAGAGAAGAUAUACCUGGAUCAUUUCUUUUCUAAACUGAGUUUCAACGCCCAAGCAAUAUCUCCUCUUGACUUGAACUUCUACACUCUACAAUACUCGCAGCCGGGAGCACUACGGUGCUCCUUGGAGGUAUACCGGGCAUUUGAAGAAGAUGCUCGAGAGAAUCGGGAAAGCUUGCGCCUCAAAGGGAAAUGUACACGACCUGUGCUCAUUCUCAGCGGCUCACAGAGCCGGCAUGUGCACGAGGCCAGAGAAAUGGUGAAUGAAGUAUAUGCUGGAGAAAUUCAGAUUGUAGAGAUUGAAGAAUCCGGUCAUUAUAUCGCGGAAGAGAACCCAGACGGCUUUGUGCAGGCGGUAUUGGCCUUCAUUUGUUCUCAUGCGACUGUGAAGUGA